CCUCACCCAAGAUGGUGGUGGUGGGGGUGGAGCACUGUCGUAUAACGCGACGGCUACGGCGAGCGGCGAGGAGAAAUGCGAUUUCGCAUUGAGCAACAACAGCACGGUCGCAGCAGGCAUCGGCUGUUUAUGUUCGGCGCCGCCGCCGUCGCUUCCACGGCCGCUCGAAUCACCGCCGCGGCCGUUCCCACUGCCGCCGUGAAGCGGGUCGGCAGGGCGUGGGAGCGAAGCGGCCGCGCAAUGUUGGUGGCGCCGGCGGCGGAGCGCAACAAGGAGCCGAUCCUCGAGGUGCUGCGGGAGUGGGUGCCGGCAGACCGGGCCGGGUUUGCGCUCGAGGUUGCGUCGGGCUCCGGGCAGCAUGUGGUGCACCUCGCCCGGGCCUUCCCGCACCUCACGUGGCAGCCCAGCGAGCUGGAGGCGUCCUCCUUCCAAAGCAUCUCGGCGUACGCGAGGGCAACGCAGCUACAGAACGUACUGCCCCCUAUACAGGUGGACGUGCGGGAGCCGUGCGAGACCUGGCCCGGCCGCUGGCCCUCGUCCUCCUGCGACCUUAUCCUCAACAUCAACAUGAUCCACAUCAGCGAGAUCCGCUGCACAGAGGGUCUGUUCAGAAAUGCUGGUGUUCUGCUCAAACCCAGUGGCCUCUUGGUUACGUAUGGGCCUUACGCAGUGAACGGGAUCAUCUUCCCGCAGAGCAACGUGGAUUUUGACGCCGUCUUGCGCGAGAGGAACCCGGAGUGGGGACUGCGGGAUGUCAGCAUGCUCCAGCAGCUGGCGCUCACCAAUGGUAUGCGUCUUCAGAGGAUGGUGGAAAUGCCAGCCAACAACAAGUGCCUGGUCUUCCAGAAGACAGGGUAGAGAUGGCAGUUGGAUGACAAGAAGCUAAUUCAGGAGUCUCAUUUGUGUUUUGCUAAUUUUUUUUGCAAACUAGCACAGCUUUAGCUAAAAUGUUAUUUCAUCUCAUUUUCGAUUGGUGUCAGAGACUUAAGUAUUCCAAUCUCUCGCAAAGCAGUGCAACCUUUCGUUUUCAUGUUGAAUGGCCCACGGAAUUGGAUACCACAGAGCUACUUCUGACAUCCCUUGCAGUGACCUCUGGUCCAAAGAGGCAAGGGCAGCACUGUUCAACCCCGCUCUGCGGCCAGUAUAUUGUUUACAUGACGGUGACACCGAUAAUUAUUGUGGACCCACAUGUGUUUUGUGUAGCCAUUGGUGACCUGGGCAGUGUUUAAAAUAAAAAUGAAACGGACCAG